GCCAUCUUGCUUCCCCUCCAGAGUGGUUGUAGAGGUGGAGUAAGGAUUGACAGUGUAUUUUAAGGCUCCUUUAUCGCAAAAAUCUUUUUAUUAAUAUAUUUGUGACAUUCCCUGUACUAUUAGUUAAUUUUUAUUUUGGACUGAGGAUAAUGCAAGCUAUAAAGUGUGUGGUAGUUGGAGAUGGGGCCGUUGGUAAAACUUGUCUACUGAUUAGUUAUACCACAAAUGCUUUUCCUGGGGAGUAUAUACCGACAGUAUUUGAUAAUUACUCAGCAAAUGUUAUGGUAGAUGGAAAACCAAUAAAUCUUGGUCUAUGGGAUACAGCUGGGCAAGAAGAUUAUGACAGAUUACGACCAUUGUCUUAUCCUCAAACGGAUGUGUUUCUUAUUUGCUUUUCAUUAGUUAAUCCAGCUUCAUUUGAAAAUGUUAGAGCAAAGUGGUAUCCAGAAGUUAGUCAUCAUUGCCCAAAUACACCAAUAAUUCUUGUGGGGACCAAACUGGAUUUACGAGAAGAUAAAGAAACCAUUGAAAAACUGAAAGAGAGGAAACUUGCACCCAUAACCUAUCCUCAAGGACUGGCAAUGGCCAAAGAAAUUGGUGCCGUCAAAUAUCUUGAAUGUUCAGCCCUUACUCAGAAAGGUUUAAAAAAUGUGUUUGAUGAGGCAAUCCGUGCCGUUCUUUGUCCACAGCCCAAACCUAAAAAGAGGAAGCACUGCAGACUCCUGUAACUGUGGAAAUGCCAUUCCGUCGUUUCCUGCCCACAAAUUGAGGCUGUGCAGUGCAACACCAAUGGCUACGAAACAGAUGCUGCCAAUAUUAAGUUGUUAAGGCUUAUUUAACUAUAUUUUUGCAAUCAUUAUGUAAAUGAAAAAUCAGAUUUGUUAACUUUUAUGUAAAUUACAUAUAUUUUGUGUAGAGACUAAUUGCACGCUUCAAUAUAAUACAUUGGUGGUUGUGUGUAAUAGUUUGUUUUAUCAAUGAAUACAGUAUUUGAGCAACAUAACACCUUCAAAAAGUAGCAUGUUGCAGUUAAUUGUUUGGUGCUCCUAACAACCUGAUAAUUCCUGGAUAAUAUUUGUUAAUUAUGUCUCUUCUAGCUGUAUUUUCAUAAACCCAUGAUAGUUGCUUAUAAUUUAAUAAAAUGUGUUCAGUUCACAUUUAUAUGUAAAUUUACAAUGUGAUUUCAUCUAUUUGUGUUUAAGAUGCAAGUGAAAUUUCUAAAGUGGUAUAAUUUCAUAGCUGAAAGAUGGUAAUUUCUCAUAAUUCAUUCUGUUUAAGUGCUUUAGAAUUGUAUUGUAGAUCUGCAUUCUUUCUUACUAUUUAAAAAUUUUGCUAGUCUUAGCAAUGUUUCGUAUUGUCUUUGUCUGCAAAGAUUUAAAAGUGCCAUUGUCACAGUUCUGUUUUGCUGACUGUUAUUAAUGAAUUUAUAAAUUUUCUAUGCUACAUUUCUUUAUUUUUGGAUUUUAUGCUUGUUUGUUAUUUCAUUUCAAAAGCAUAUUUGCAUUUAGUGAUUUCUUUAUUAUGUUAGGUGUUAAAAUGUUUUUCUGAAAUAUGGGUGUUGCUUUAAAUUUCAAAUAUUUUUUGUUCCAGCAAAUAAGCUUUGGAUUUUGAAUUUAGCCUUAUAUUUUGUAAUACUUUUAAAAAUAAAUGACUAAAUAUUUUGAUUACUUCCUAAACUGUCAUGGUAGCAAUUGAUUAUAGUUAGUGUUACUAUUUUUUUUUAAAUUUUCACUCAAAAAUUUAAUAUAAACCAUAAUUUCAAAAGUAUAAGCUUAUUGCGAUGCAUAUAAAUAUUUGUUGUCCAAUUUAAUGGGGAAUUUUUGGGGAGGAGUAAAAUUGGAGGGGAAGAAGUAAAGAUGUAUCAUUAUGUGAUAUUAUUGCAAUGCAUAUAAAUAUUUGUUGUCCAAUUUAAUGGGGAAUUUUUGGGGAGGAGUAAAAUUGGAGGGGAAGAAGUAAAGAUGUAUCAUUAUGUGAUAUUUUAUGUAAUAGCAUAUUUUUUAUUAAUUUUCAAAAAUGUAUUUAAAAUUGAUUUUAUAUUCAGUCCAUUUCUGUGUGACCACUUUUUUCUUAAAGCGCAGCAUUUGAACAGAAAAUGCAAUGAAAUUUAUUUAAGACAUUUUUCAAGACUUAAGGUAUUCUCUGAUGGUUUAAAAUGAUUUAAUAUGAUAUUGAGCAUUACUUUAUUAAAUAGUAGUUUUAAGUGAGAAAAUUUCAUCAUCAGAAUUUCUGCUGCUGCAUUAGUUAUUUAUUAUGACAAAGUAAAAUUAGUACUUCUUAGGAAUUGUUUAUAUGGUAACCUAAAGGGUUGCUGCAUAUUCUUUAAGAAGUACUGACAAAAUAUAUUUUGUAUAUUCAUUUUAUCAUGUCUUCUGCAAAUAUAUAUAUAUAUAUAUAUAAAUUUUUAAAAUGAUUCUAUGUUUUAUAACUGUAUAAUUUAAUUAAUUGCUAUGUUUAUAUAUAAUUGAACUUAAAAAAAUUAAUAUAGAUUAUCUUUUUCACGUGUGUAAAUAAAGUGAUGUAUGUAUGAAUUUCAUUUUAUAUUUCCCCUUUUUUGUGUACAAAAAGGAAAGAUACAUAGUAAUGUAUUUUAUACAUUAUUAAAGUUAACAAAUGAGAUCAUUCUACAAUGAAAUCAUUCUAAGAUAACCAUACUUGGUUCUCUAUGAUUUUGCUCUUCUGUGAAGAUGAUCACCUUCAGAGAGGUGAUAUUCAAUGACAUUGUUUAUGUAUGUUCUAGAAAUUGUGGUCAUUUUUAAAUGCAGUCUCAUGAAGUCAUGAAGACAAGCAGACAUAGUUCCACAUAAUUUUGGUCCGUGAAGGUGGUAACAUUCUUUAUAUAUAAAUAUGUUUAAAAAAUACUGAUCAUUUUGAAAGCUGGUUAUUGAUAAGAUAUGGUUCUCAUAAGAGGUUUCAUUGUACAUGCAAAUCAUAAAAUUAAGGAGUAUAUGUAUAGUGAAAUAUAUUUUAAUUUUGAAAUUUUUAAAGAGUCAUGUUAGUUCAAAUUUGUUAAUAAAGCAUAAUGAUUUCUAUAUGAUUUUUAGUUGCAUCUUUUUUUUUUUUUUUUUUUUUUUUUUUUUUUUUUUUUUUUUUUUUUUUUUUUUUUUUCCCAUUAUUGUUUAAUGAAAAACUACUGUAAUAAUGGUACAAUUAAAAAUUCUCUAGGAGGAGAGUUUAUUAAUCUGGACUACUAUAAUUUUAAAUAGGGGCUUUUUAAAAAUAUUUUUAAUAUUCUUUAAUUAUUAAUGAAGUUUUAAAAUUAGGAAUACUUGUAUCAUGGUGAUAAGAUUAGAUGUUUUGAUUAUACUUAGAUUUGAUUUGUUGUACUUUCAUUAAGGGGGGGAGGAUAUUUCAUUUGAGUGCAUUUAAAUGUUUUAACUUUAGCAACCUUUGUAAAACAAAUAUCUCCUCCACUUUUCUUCAUUUGUUGUUUGUUAGCAAUUAAAUGUUAUGUAUAUUUACCUCUGGAAUAUGUAUAUAUAUACACACAUAUAUAUAGAAGUAAUAUUUUUGAAGGGAAAAAAGUGUAGUUGCACUCUUUGUUUUAAAUUAUAUUUUUUUAAUUAAUGUUAAAAUAGUGUGUGCUUGCCAUAUUUUUUCUCAUACCAGUAAGAAUAGAGAGUAGAAUCUACAUGACAGUAUUUCUUCUGUGACAUCAUGGAUCACACUUGUCUGUAAUAAAGAUAUCACUAAAUAUUCAUUUUUCUGUGUAGACCAUUGGUGAGGCAGCAUUUUGUAAAAUAACUUGAGAAAAUGUGGCUCUUGAAAAAUUUUUACAUUGUCCAUGUUUUCUCUAAACUUACGAAAAUAUACAGAUAUAAUGUAUAACAGGCACAGUUCAAAACUGCUAGUGUAAAAAGAAGAACUUUUUUUAUGGUGGUUUUGAAAGAGCGUGAAUUUUAGCUAUAGUUCAGUUCUCCUUGUCAACGUCCAGAUUUUAUUCACAUUGUAGGCAUCUUUGCCUUACAAAAUUACUGUGAAUACAACUUUUUCUGUAUUAUCUAAAAGUUUGUAUGUUCCCAGUCUUUGCAAUAAUGCUAUUCUGAAAAUGUAACAUGGGUAAACAACAAACAUAACCUAAAAUUUCUUCAUUUUAAAGUUUUUUGUUUGUUUUAAUAUUAAAAUGAAGUAUUUGUAGGUAUUUAAAUAUUCAGUUAUAGUUUUGAAGCUACUUUUGUGGCUUUUUAAUUAUAUGAACAUUAGCUCUCACUUUUAAAUGUGUAAUUAUUUGUGAAAGAAAUUAAUUGCACAUAAACUAUCGUUGAGUAAUAUUUUUGAAUUAAUGUUAAAAAAUUGGCUUUAAACAGGUUGGGUGAAAUAUAAAAUUUGUUCUGUAAUGUUUUUUCAUCACUGAUUCCACAUAGGAAUGCAAAGGAACUAAAUGAAUAAGAUGAAUGAGAGUAUUAUAAAAUGGUUUCUUAUAUACAUAUUUAAGUGUUUUGGAGUUUGUAAGCAUAAUUAUUCAUUAACUUCAAAUUAGUACUUGUUUUUUAUUAUUUUUAUCAUUAAAAUUUCUGAUAUUCAAUGAAUUGAAACUAUUUCUAUGAACAAGUAAUUUGUGAAUUUAUUGUUUAAGAACUGAAUAAAUUAAGAAUAAAUGUUUAAGUCCUUGAUAUUGUUUGAUAUGUGCUUUGUUAAUAAACUGAUGUAUUUACAUUACUUGAUUAUCAUAAAAAUGUACAUAAAAUCUAUUAAAUGAUAAAAAUUUUCUUAAUUGAAAGCUAACUCCCAUUUUCAUAUGAAACAUUUUAAAGAAUUGGAUGCAUCCAAUAUGCAAUCUUAGAUUUGCAUUUUCAUAAUCAAUAAGAUUGAUACCUAGGGAAGAUGACAAAUAAUGUUCUUUUCGGUCAAUCUAUUAAUCUGCUUUUCAAGUUUAAUUUUAUAAAAAAGUAUGGAAGAAGCGGUAUUCAUGGUAAUUAUUUACAUUGACUUCGUACUUGAAAACUACUGCAUACAAAUUAACCUUUGGUGAUUGUUAUUGUAAUUAUUUACUAAAUAACUAAUAGAAAUUCUGUACAUUUCUUACUGCUGAUGGCUGUGCCAUGAAUAAUUUCUUGCUUUGUAUAUAAAGAAAGCUGAGAGCUUGGAAAAUGCUGAUGCUCAAGUAUAAGUUUUUAACUGUAAUAAUAAUAACAACAUGGUAGCUUGCUGUCUUCCCCCCAUCUUGAUGAAGAGAAACAUUUCUUUCUUGCUUUGGCUCAUAUUUCAGAACUUUUGUUUUAUGUGCUGAAAAUAUUGUAAAAGUAUUUAAUUGGCUAUUGUGAACAGUAAAAAAGAGAAACUGAUAAUAUUUUGCUAUGAAAAUUUAUAAACUAGAAAUUUGCGUUCAUAGAGAUAAGUGUUUAUCAAAAUUUUUUGAUGUCAGUUUAUGCAAAUUUUUUUAUUGACUAGAGGUAUGUUAAAAUAUUGCACAUGUUCUUUUUGUGUGCCUGUUCAAGAGUGGUAAUUUAUUGUAUGAUGUUAUUUGGAAAUGUUUUGCAAAUUAUUUUCUGAAGCUGCUGUUCAAAAAUAAUAUAUUUGACUGCAGAGGUAUUUACAUGAAUGGCAUUUAAAACUGAUUUUUGUAAAUGCCUUUAAACUCCUCUUUGUAAUGGAGCCGAAGCAUGUGAAAAAGUGUUAUCCCAUUUUGAUGUUUAGCUGCCAGUCAUGCACAACAUAAUGAUUCUAUAGCUACUGGUAUGGAACUGCUGUUUGGCAGAACAACUGGAAUUUGCUAGACUGUAUGUUGUCUUCUGUUAUCGUUUAAAUUUUAUGUGCUCAGUUUAUAUGUAAUUAUGAGAAUUUGAAUCAUAGUUGUAUUUGUUAAAGAUGGAAAUAAAUUGCCUUAUCUUUUCCA